AGGUCAUGAUUCAACCGGAGAUGGAGCAAUGAAGAGGAGGAAAUGACGAUGUUUUAGUUGAUUUAUGAGCUGCGACACCACCUCUCCCCGGCUCACUAUUGUCAAGCAAACCUACGGUCGAAUCAACAAAGCGAAGAAGGUUUCAAAUGUAGAUAGGAAGUGUCGUGGUACUCGUGUGUCUGGUGCUACUCCUGCUGCUUCUACUCCUGCUGCUUCUACUCCUGAUCCUCCAGCUAUCCCGACCACGCAACUGGACAUUAAACAGGAGCCUAUACAGCCUCCUCAGAUACUCUCAUAUCCGUAUCUUGAUAAGAAGUUCGUUGCUCCAACUCCAACAAUCUCCAGUGUCACGUUGCCUUCUGGUGGACCACCUUCUCCUCAAAUACAGACAUCUCUGCUCCAGUUCACUUCCCCUCGACCUCAGCCACCUAAAUCUUUAACUCUCACCCCUCCGCGGUCUGUUCCUAAUAUACUGAGGAGGACUCCAGUCAAGCAAGGAGGAUCUAGAAAACCAACGACCCCUAAGUCAAAAUCAGUGAAUUUAUCGCCGAUACUCUACUCUCCCAAGAUUAAGAAGAAAAACCCCUUCUUUAACGAUGCCCCGGAAGGGAGUGACUUGUCCGAACAAGCGCAUAUCAUAACCUCCUACGUGAAGGUGGCACCUCACAAUAAGAUAACACCUCAAAACAACAAAACUACUGGUACUCAGUGCAACAUAAACGUGCCCCGAGUUAUGCAGGGAGCCUCCUCAAGCAAAUCACCACAGAAACCUGGUUCUAGCGGGGAAAGGGUUAUAUGCGAUGUGGAGCUGCAGAGCGAGAAGGUGAUGAUGGUAUCUCACACGGUUAACGGCUGUGUUUAUAGUGGGAUACUAGUAGCAGAUACUCACAGGCAUAGUGCGGCUUCUCAGUGUGGAUAUAUUUCGGAGCAGUUUCCUUCGCAAUAUCACAAAAAGUUAAAAGCUAAGCUAGGAUUGUCGUUCGAAAGUGGCUGUGAGUCGGAGAAUUCUGACAAUGAAUGUACCAAAACGAAACUACAGAAACUAAAAUACUCUGACUACAAGUCGAUGAAGAGCUCUAUAGUAGGUGCCUCUGCUGACCCCGUGACUGAAGCUACAUUCUCUUACCAUUCUGAAUCCUUACCGGCAGUUACACCAACAUCUCGUCAGAAUACCGCCUUUCAGAGCACUUCCCACCACAACAAGAAGUCUAUCGAUGGAGUAGCUAAUUUUCUUCAGGAGGCCGCAUCAGCACCGGUGGAUACUGCAGCAACAAAAACCAAAGAAGUUACUCCUAAAGAAUCCGCCGAAAAGAACUCUAAGCAACUUCAGACAAAAGGUUUCAAGCCAUCUCAGCCAAGAUCCAAUCCUAAUAGCCCAAAAAAGCAGAAACUUGAAAAAGCUAAAAUUGUCACCGAAAAUUGGCUGGACGGGCUCGAGCCGAACAAGAUCAAGAAACCUAAAUUGAAAUUUGGUGAAAUCGAGCCGAACAAGAUCAAGAAACCUAAAUUGAAAUUUGGUGAAAAGUUCAUCACACAAAACAAACCUCCAAAAGAGGUGAAUGUAUGCCAUAACACCCAGUCUGAGGACCCAGCCACGGUGCAGAGGAAGUUAGAAGAGGUUUCACAACAUUUCAGGAUGCGGUCACACUCAAUUGAUGACCAAAAAGUGCUAAGUUCGGUACUUGCUGAAAACUCCGCAAAACUCCCUUUCGUUGAUUUAGAGUGGCCCAUGUGGUGUCCCCGUGAAUUUAAACUGGAGAUAACUCCAAUUAAGCGGGGCAAACCUGCUCGUUUCAAGCUCCACAAUAACGGCUCCAAAAGAAGAAGGACUGAGUCAAACGAAACUGAAUUUAAGGAUACAUCUGAAGAAAUGUUCACGGAGACCAAUAACCCUUUCGGGAUCGGAGAUGUGGUGAUUGCCAAAUAUACACCUGGUCAGGGGCGGCCGUACUGGCCUGGGAAAAUACUCUCUGUAACAGGUCUGACAGUAUGUGUGCUGUUCUACAAUACGUCAGAGGUGAUGCAGAUAGCUAAAUGUAACGUGGAGUGGUUCUAUGAUGGCUGUAAAGAACACAAGAUAUCUCUCAAUCCUGCCAACUCCAGUACCGAGUGGAAAGAGGCGGUGGAAGAGGCUGAGAGUGAUGUUAAGAGCUGCAUUGGACGAGAGAGUGUUGUGUGGGGAUUAUACGAGCAGGACUGGUGGCCUGCUAGAGUACAUGACAUCCACCAGCAAACGUACACGGUAGAGUGGCUGGAUGAUAACAUACCCUUCAGGUACACUGUAGAGUGGCUGGAUGAUAGCAUACCCUUCAGGUACAGGGUAGAGUGGCUGGAUGAUAACAUACCCUUCAGGUACACUGUAGAGUGGCUGGAUGAUAACAUACCCUUCAGGUACACGGUAGAGUGGCUGGAUGAUAACAUACCCUUCGGGUACAGGGUAGAGUGGCUGGAUGAUAACAUACCCUUCAGGUACACGGUAGAGUGGCUGGAUGAUAACAUACCCUUCAGGUACACGGUAGAGUGGCUGGAUGAUAACAUACCCUUCAGGUACAGGGUAGAGUGGCUGGAUGACAACAUACCCUUCAGGUACACGGUAGAGUGGCUGGAUGAUAACAUACCCUUCAGGUACACGGUAGAGUGGCUGGAUGAUAACAUACCCUUCAGGUACACGGUAGAGAGGCUGGAUGAUAACAUACCCUUCAGGUACACGGUAGAGUGGCUGGAUGAUAACAUACCCUUCAGGUACACGGUAGAGUGGCUGGAUGAUAACAUACCCUUCAGGUACACGGUAGAGUGGCUGGAUGACAACAUACCCUUCAGGUACACGGUAGAGUGGCUGGAUGAUAACAUACCCUUCAGGUACACGGUAGAGUGGCUGGAUGAUAACAUACCCUUCAGGUACACGGUAGAGUGGCUGGAUGAUAACAUACCCUUCAGGUACACGGUAGAGUGGCUGGAUGAUAACAUACCCUUCAGGUACACGGUAGAGUGGCUGGAUGAUAACAUACCCUUCAGGUACACGGUAGAGUGGCUGGAUGAUAACAUACCCUUCAGGUACACGGUAGAGUGGCUGGAUGAUAACAUACCCUUCAGGUACACGGUAGAGUGGCUGGAUGAUAGCAUACCCUUCAGGUACACGGUAGAGUGGCUGGAUGAUAACAUACCCUUCAGGUACACGGUAGAGUGGCUGGAUGAUAACAUACCCUUCAGGUACACGGUAGAGUGGCUGGAUGAUAACAUACCCUUCAGGUACACGGUAGAGUGGCUGGAUGAUAACAUACCCUUCAGGUACACGGUAGAGUGGCUGGAUGAUAACAUACCCUUCAGGUACACGGUAGAGUGGCUGGAUGAUAACAUACCCUUCAGGUACACGGUAGAGUGGCUGGAUGAUAACAUACCCUUCAGGUACACGGUAGAGUGGCUGGAUGAUAACAUACCCUUCAGGUACACGGUAGAGUGGCUGGAUGAUAACAUACCCUUCAGGUACAGGGUAGAGUGGCUGGAUGAUAACAUACCCUUCAGGUACACGGUAGAGUGGCUGGAUGAUAACAUACCCUUCAGGUACACGGUAGAGUGGCUGGAUGAUAACAUACCCUUCAGGUACAGGGUAGAGUGGCUGGAUGAUAGCAUACCCUUCAGGUACACGGUAGAGUGGCUGGAUGAUAACAUACCCUUCAGGUACACGGUAGAGUGGCUGGAUGAUAACAUACCCUUCAGGUACACGGUAGAGUGGCUGGAUGAUAACAUACCCUUCAGGUACACGGUAGAGUGGCUGGAUGAUAACAUACCCUUCAGGUACACGGUAGAGUGGCUGGAUGAUAACAUACCCUUCAGGUACACGGUAGAGUGGCUGGAUGAUAACAUACCCUUCAGGUACACGGUAGAGUGGCUGGAUGAUAACAGUAUGGAGCUACUUCCUCUCUCCUCCCUCUCUCCCUUCCUCUUAUCCUACAGUGUAAGGUACAGUAAACAGUGCGCUCAAGACUUUAAAAGCUACCAGAGAGUGGUAGAUAGGGCUCACUCCCUCGCUCUACGGAUGUUGCUGGAUACUCACACUCAACUAACACAACCAGCACUUCCAACGCACCACACUUAA